GUAUAUUUUACGUCUGUAUUGUAACAGGAUUGGUUAUAAGCUGCAUAUUUCGUUUUUCAAAAACAAAUUUAACGUCAACUAAAAUCACACUCUUAACAGCUGAUAUUGCGGAUCAUUAUGUCCGCCGUGGUUUGCGAAUUUAUAUUCAAGCUAUUCAUUGCGUAUCUCUGUUUUCUGAAUCUGGCUAACAUAACUGCUAAGCGAGCUUUCACACUAACCAGCCAGUACAAGAAAUUUUUGGGCAUACCCUAUGGAACGGAACAGAUUCUGGAGAUUCAUGAACGCGAAUAUGAAUAUACGUUGCCCGCAAUAGCCGCUAUAUUGGCCUGCAUGGGCUGUGAUGCCAUACAUUCGUUAUGUUUUCUAUUUGUAUCCGAGGAGUUGCAGCAUCGUUUGUGGCAUUUGAUGACCAAGCUUUUUUGGAUUUCAAAAAGUCUGUGGUUAUUUCUUUACAUAGCAGGCUUCACAUCAAUUUUACGAUCCCAUCACGAGCUAUACCUGAUCACACAUGGACUGCAGCUGGAGAAUGUCGAUGACUUGUUAAUUAGUUUCAAAUUUCAGUUCGUUUGGCAAACAGUUGUCUUCAUAUUCGCAAUCAUAUGCUGGAUGGAGGAGGACACUCUCACCAAAAACUAUUACAAGCUCUUGUUGUAUGAGCGCGACUAUCAGAUUUAAGAAUAAAUCACAAUAUGUGGCCAGUAUUCAAGUGGUGUCCGGUUGCCAGCGCCUUCCAUCAGCAAAAUUUGAAAUGAAAACGUGGCAGCACAUUCUGUUGAACUCAGCAUUUCUGGAUCCAGAACCAUUCUUUCAGGCAGUCUUAUAUACAAGCUAGCACAACGCAGGCGCGGAAUCGGGCACAAUUCAGUCGACUUUAGAGCGUUCAUCGAGAACAUUUACGGAAACGAACUGCGUUACAAAAGAUUAUCUUAUAUUUGUAUUUUAUUAAAAUGUGAGUAAAUUUAACUGCCUGACGAAUAUGUACUUGUUUAAAUAUACAUAAAAUAAACGCAAUAGUAAAUACACUUAAGGCCUAAGGAGAUUUCAAUACCUGUCUCAAGACGGAUUUAUGACUUUAAAAAUAAUACAUA